UUCUACAGGAACCUGCUCCUCCCGGACGGAGUUCCCGCGGAACGUCAGUGGGCUCGAUUCUACGUCAAGAUCUACCGAGCCGAAGGCCUGCCCAGGAUGAACACCAGCAUCAUGGCCAACGUCAAGAAAGCUCUCAUUGGAGAAAACAAGGACUUGGUGGACCCCUAUGUGCAAGUUGCCUUUGCAGGGCAGAAGGGAAAGACCUCGGUGCAGAAGAGCAGCUACGAGCCCAUGUGGAACGAGCAGAUCAUUUUCACCGAGAUGUUCCCCCCCCUGUGCAAGAGGAUGAAAGUGCAGAUCAGAGAUUCCGACAAGGUCAACGAUGUCGCCAUUGGGACCCACUUCAUUGACCUGAGGAAAAUUGCCAACGAGGGGGACAAGGGAUUCCUCCCUACUUUCGGCCCAGCCUGGGUGAAUAUGUAUGGCUCCACCCGUAACUACACCCUCAUGGAUGAGCACCAGGAUCUGAAUGAGGGGCUCGGAGAAGGCGUCUCUUUCCGCGCAAGGCUGCUGCUGAGUCUCGCUGUUGAGAUACUGGAUACAACCAACCCAGAGCUCACCAGUUCCACAGAGGUUCAAGUUGAAGGAGCUCAACCAGUGGCAGAAACCUGUACCGGUAAAAUGGAAGAGUUCUUCCUGUUUGGAGCAUUCCUGGAAUCCACCAUGAUUGAUCGGAAAAUUGGGGACAAGCCAAUUAACUUUGAGGUCACCAUAGGUAACUAUGGCAACCAAAUAGAUGGAAUUUCCAAGCCGAGUAUGAGGAAGAGGAAGGAAGGAGGUGACGGAGUCGAGGAGGAGACGGAGCUCUUGCAGAAUUCCAGUGAUGAUGAGGCUGAUGAAGAUGGAGAAAUGUUAUCAAUCUCUUCGUCCCCUGCAAUGAAGCCACUCAUAACUGAUAGGAACUACUUCCACCUCCCGUUCUUUGAUAAGAAGCCCUGUACCUACAUUAAGAGUUGGUGGCAGGACCAGCGGAGGCGGCUGUACAAUGCCAACAUUAUGGACAAGAUCGCAGAUAAGCUGGAGGAAGGCUUGAACGAUGUUCAUGAGAUGAUAAAGACGGAGAAGCCCUACCCUGAACGGCGGCUGCGAGGAGUCCUGGAGGAGCUGAGUAGCAGCUGUUUUCGAUUUGUUACCUUGGCCAACAAGGACCAGAACCAGAAUGGGCAGACGAAACUGGACAGGGAGAGGCUGAAGUCCUGCAUGAGGGAGCUGGAGAACAUGGGGACACAAGCCAAGACCAUGAGGUCCCAAGUGAAGAAGAACACGGUUAAGGACAAGCUGAAACUGGUGCAGAAUUUCCUGCAGAAGCUCCGGUUCCUGGCAGAUGAGCCCCAGCACAGCAUUCCUGACAUCUUCAUCUGGAUGAUGUCCAACAACAAGCGCAUCGCCUACGCUCGAAUCCCUUCCAAAGAUAUCCUGUACUCCAUUGUGGAUGAGGAGACGGGAAAGGACUGUGGCAAAGUCAAGUGUGUCUUCCUUAAGCUGCCGGGCAAGAGGGGCUUUGGGCCUGCAGGCUGGACGGUACAAGCCAAGAUGGAGGUCUACAUGUGGUUGGGCCUUAGCAAGCAGCGCAGGGAUUUCUUGUGUGGUCUUCCAUGUGGAUUUGAGGAGAUAAAAGCAGUGAAAGGGCCCGGUCUGCAGUCCUUCCCACCCAUCAGCCUCAGCUACACCAAAAAACAAGUGUUCCAGUUACGAGCCCACAUGUACCAAGCCCGGAGUCUCUUUGCCGCUGACAGCAGUGGACUUUCCGACCCCUUUGCCCGCGUCUUCUUCAACACUCAGAGCCAAUGUACAGAGGUGCUGAAUGAGACCCUUUGUCCGACUUGGGACCAGCUGUUGGUGUUUGACAAUAUCGAACUCUACGGAGAAGCUCACGAGAUGAGAGACGACCCCCCAAUCAUUGUCAUUGAGAUUUAUGAUCAAGACACAGUAGGGAAGGCCGAUUUCAUGGGGAGAACAUUUGCCAAACCUGUUGUGAAAAUGUCAGAUGAGCGGUACUGCCCUCCCCGCUUUCCGCCACAGCUGGAAUACUACCAGAUCUACCGUGGGAACUCAACCGCAGGGGACCUCUUGGGAGCUUUCGAACUUCUCCAGAUCGGACCAGCGGGCAAGUCUGACCUCCCACAGAUUGAAGGACCAACAGACAUAGAGAGAGGACCCAUCCUUCCAGUUCCUCUUGGAAUCAGACCAGUGCUCAGCAAAUACAGAGUAGAGGUCCUUUUCUGGGGGCUGAGAGACCUGAAGAGAGUAAAUCUAGCCCAGGUUGAUAGACCAAGGGUGGAUAUUGAGUGUGCCGGGAGGGGGGUGCAGUCUGCCCUCAUCCAGAACUACAAGAAGAAUCCAAAUUUUAGCACGUUGGUCAAAUGGUUUGAAGUGGAUCUCCCCGAGAAUGAGUUACUUCACCCGCCAUUGAAUAUCCGAGUAGUAGACUGCCGAGCCUUUGGCAGAUACACUCUGGUUGGUUCCCAUGCUGUCAGCUCCCUACGCAGGUUCAUUUACCGGCCUCCGGAUAAGAACUCCCAGCAGUGGACCACAGCAGCUAAACUCAUGAAUGGCUACUUGGCAAUGACCAAUGGAAGGCCCCGCUCUCGCACCACAGGUGAAAUAGUUAUCAACAUGGAGCCCGAAGCGCCCGUCAAGAAGAUGGAGACAAUGGUGAAACUGGAAGCCAAUUCCGACGCGGUGGUUAAAGUAGACGUGAGCGAGGAAGAAAAAGACAAGAAGAAGAAGAAGAAGAAAGGAGUAGAGGAGAUAGAGGAAGAGGAGCCAGAUGAGAGCAUGUUGGACUGGUGGUCCAAAUACUUUGCUUCCAUUGAAACCAUGAAGGAGCAACUGCGCCAACAGGAAGCGGCAGCCGCCGAAGCCGAAGAGAAGGAAGAGAUGGAGAUCGCAGAGGAGAUCAAAACUGAUGACUCUCCCAUGAAAGGCAACAAGGGCCCCACGAAGAACAAGGAGAAGGUCAAAGCCCCAAAAGAGGAGAAGAAGAACAAGAAGCAGCAACAGCAGCAGCAACAAGCCGAUCAGGCCGAGAAGAAGAACAAGCAAAAGAUCGAUGAGUUAAAGGUGUACAACAAGGAGUUGGAGACCGAGUAUGACAACUUUGAGGACUGGCUCCAUACAUUUAACUUGUUACGAGGGAAGAUUGGAGAUGAUGACGAUACUGUAAGCGAAGAAGAGCGAAUUGUUGGGAGGUUUAAGGGUUCCAUGUGUGUGUACAAAGUUCCUUUGCCAGAAGACGUCACAAAGGAAGCCGGGUAUGACCCAAACUUCGGCAUGUUCCAAGGAAUCCCUAACAACGACCCAAUGAAUGUGCUGGUCAGAGUUUAUGUCGUGAGGGCCACCGAUCUUCAUCCAGCUGAUAUCAAUGGUAAAGCGGAUCCAUAUGUUGUCAUAAAACUAGGAAAAACUGAUAUAAAAGAUAAGGAAAACUACAUCUCCAAGCAGCUAAACCCUGUCUUCGGAAAGUCCUUUGAUAUUGAGGCCACUUUUCCGAUGGAGUCCAUGCUUACAGUUGCGGUUUAUGACUGGGAUCUGGUGGGGACGGAUGAUCUGAUCGGUGAAACCAAAAUCGACCUGGAAAACCGUUACUACAGCAAGCACAGGGCGACUUGUGGUAUCUCAAAGACAUAUGCCAUUCACGGGUACAACUUGUGGAGGGACCCAGUGAAGCCUACACAAAUCUUAUCCAAACUUUGCAAAGAAGGGAAGAUCGAUGGACCUCAUUAUGGCCCUGGUGGAAGAGUGAAAGUCACGAAUCGGGUAUUCACUGGUCCCACAGAAAUUGAUGAUGAAAAUGGUCAGAAGAAACAAACGGAUGAGCACCUUGCACUCUCGGUCCUUCAGCACUGGGAGGACAUUCCUCGGGUGGGAUGUAAGCUGGUCCCAGAGCAUGUAGAAACGAGGCCUUUGUUAAACCCAGACAAACCUGGAAUUGAGCAGGGCCGCAUAGAAAUGUGGGUAGACAUGUUCCCCAUGGACAUGCCUGCGCCAGGUCCUGCCAUUGAUAUCUCUCCAAGGAAGCCAAAAAGUUUUGAGCUACGUGUUAUUAUUUGGAACACUGAUGAAGUGAUUCUAGAAGAUGAUGCUUUCAUGACAGGAGAGAAGAUGUCUGACAUCUAUGUCAAGGGGUGGCUGAAGGGACAGCAGGAAGACAAACAAGACACGGAUGUCCACUAUCAUUCCCUUACUGGGGAGGGGAACUUCAACUGGAGGUUCUUGUUCCCUUUUGAUUACCUUAUGGCAGAGGAGAAGAUUGUCAUCUCCAAGAAAGAGUCCAUGUUCUCUUGGGAUGAGACCGAGUACAAGAUCCCGGCUCGUCUCACUCUCCAGGUCUGGGAUGCCGACCACUUCUCAGCAGAUGACUUUCUCGGAGCCAUAGAAUUAGACUUGAAUCGCUUUCCCCGAGGGGCAAAAACAGCGAAACAGUGUUCGAUAGAAAUGGCGGAACCCGACGUCGAUCUGCCAAUGGUCUCAAUCUUCAAACAGAAGAGGGUGAAGGGAUGGUGGCCUUUCGUUGCCAGGAAUGAAAACGAUGAGAUGGAGCUGACUGGUAAAGUGGAGGCGGAGCUUCACCUUCUCUCAGCAGAGGAGGCAGAGAAGACCCCGGCAGGGCUUGGGCGCAAUGAACCAGAUCCUCUUGAAAAACCAAAUCGGCCGAAUCCCAGCCUGGCGUGGAUGCUGAGCCCCCUGCGGGUAGUGUGCAUGUUGCUAUGGCGACAGUACCGGUGGCACGUACUGGGCAUCAUCGGUUCCUGUGCGGUUCUGAUGUUCGUGGCGUUGGUGCUCUACACCCUCCCCGGCGCUAUCAGCGAGAGGCUCAUUAACCCCCGCGGCUGAGGGCAAAGGAACAGCCCAAGGGCACAGUUACCCAUCAACGGGAAACGGCUUUGCCUCGGAUCUUUGCCCGAUUGCGCCAACCUUACCCUGGGCAAAAUGAGGUUAAUCUGACCGUAAUCGGAUGAUACUGUUACCCUACGGGCACCUAUUGGACGAGGGCUAAUAUAAAUGCCAAUGUGGCAAUCAAAUCUGCUUCACUGACAGUUUUCAGAUAGUCCCUUGUAUGGGCCAAUAAGCUGCCCACUGGGUCUGGGGGGGCCAAUUGGAUCACAUUGGCACAGGGCUGAAAGGAGCAGGGGGUAAGGACUAAGGAGAAAGCAGGGCACUGGGGAUUGGGAAAAGGCAAAGGCCAAUGGGAUGGUCCCAAUAGGGGGAGGCGGGGUGGAAAGCCAAAGUAAAGGCAGGGAUUGGGUCAGGCUGCCAUUAGAAUUAGUCAGGAACAGACCAAGAACCAAUAACCCAUAAUACCCCAAUAGCAGCCCAAACACACACAGGGACUACUUGCAGGGUAGAACUACAGCUGGGCAAGGGUAUUUAUAUACCAGCAGUGUAACCCAUAGCAACCAUGUAUCAGUUACCAUUGGUCAGUUUACAGCAACUAAAGGUGGCCAUAGGCGUUAAGAUCCGCUCGCUUGGUGAGGUCGCUAAGUGAGCGGAUCUUCUCCCAAUUCGGUCCCUGGGGCCAAACGAUUGAAUUAUAAUGACGGCAAUGGGUGCAGUCGGUUUGGGGGCCGCAUCAACGAGCCGGUGCGGUCCCUUGAUCCAACUAAAUUUUUAAACCUGCCCGAUCAAGAUCUGCCCGACUUUAGGCCAGAUGUCGGUUGGCAUGUCCAUCGUUGCUGCCCCUACACGGCGCGAUAAGAUGCCGAAUCUCUCUAAGGGACCCAUAUCGGCAGCUACAAUCGGCCCCUGUAGGGGCACCUUUAGACUAUCUGGUUGGUCUGUUUGGUUGCUAUGGGUUACAGCACUGUGCGACCAUGCACGUUGGAGCCAUUGUAAUCAGUAAGAAUUACCACCCGGGGGUCCCCGAGUCAGAAGGGGCCCCUCUGGGUGCUGCUGAACUACACAUAUCACCAACACUCAGACAGAGGCAUGUUUUUAAAGGAAAGGGUUAAUCACUGGGGGGGGGAGCUAAAUAUCAGGCCCCGCCUUCCCCAAGUGAUUAAACCUUUUUCUUCUAAUCCAAGUAAUGCAGAGGGGAAAUGCAUUUAUAUACAUUUAUGUUGCAUUGUGGGUUGGGCCCCCACCCUUGCCGCUUCCCCGGCCCCCCCCCCCCCUCGGCGCUG